GGAAAAGAACCGAAAUAUCUCAAGGAAUUUCCCUUAGAUUUCUUGUCUCACAUGAUUUUGAAUUUCGAGACCGAUGGAUUCUUGUUCCACUGGUGCGAGCGAUUCCAGCAGCCCAGAAACCGACCGCGAUUUUGACCCAUCUGCUGACAUGCUAGUCCAUGACUAUGAUGAUGAACAUACACUGGAAGAGGAGGAAGCCAUGAGUGGGGACAGCUGUUCGAAUGAGCUAGAUGAUCUGGAAAGAGAAGGAGAUAUGCCUUUGGAGCAGUUGUUAGCCAUGUACAAGUACGCUGACGAGCCACAGGAUACACGUUCAAGCAGUGAAGAAGAAAUCCUCAGCAAUCAGGAUCUGACAUUGGACAAAGAGGAAAUAGCCCGCGAUCUACUCAAAACCAGCGAUGAUGAUGAUGACAAGGAAACUACAGUUAAUGACCUGCUAAACAGUGUUCAUGUGUCUUCUGCACAGAGUCAGACAAACAGGCUUCUUAGAUCCAAUAGUCAAGAUGGUAGUGAGAAUGAGGAAGACGAGGAUUCUGAAGAGGACAGUGAUUACCACCAACCCAUAGAAAUUGUUGACGAUUGGAAAAAGACGAUCCAAGUUGGCUCUGAUUAUCAAGCUAGUGUUCCAGAGGGUCUUUGCAAAUACGGUGAUGCUCCUGCUUAUGAAAAUGAAGAUCGGUUACUAUGGGACCCCAACAAACUGACAGAUUCUGUUGUUGAAAAAUACCUAGAUGAAAUUCACACCCAGUCGUUAAUCAACGCCGCAGGUGUGGAGGCUGUGGGUACUGGUAUACAUAUCCGAGAUGAUGAACAGGCUUUAUAUUUAUUACUGCAAUGUGGACACAAUGUGGAAGAAGCACUUCGUAGAAGGAAGAUGCAGGCAGUUCCACCCACAGAUCCUAUGAGUUUAUGGUCUGAAGAAGAAUGCAGAAACUUUGAGAACGGUCUUAGAACUUAUGGAAAGGAUUUCUACCUGAUCCAGCAGAACAAGGUGAAAACAAGGUCUGUUGGAGAACUAGUACAGUUUUAUUACCUUUGGAAAAAGACAGAAAGACAUGACAUGUUUGCCAACAAGAACAGAUUGGAAAAACGCAAAUAUUCCUUACAUCCUGGUGUCACGGAUUACAUGGAUCGGUUCCUGGAUGACCAGGAGAGUCCGGCUGCUGCACAUGUAAGGGAGAGAUCAGCAAGUCCUGUCAAUUCACUCAUCUAUGGUGAUCCAAAAAGAAACCAACUGAAACCUCCUUCAUCAGAUACAGACACCUCUUCCAAUUAUCAUAUUGGUGAACCCAAAGACUUUGAUCUCAGUGCUGCUUCUCCAACUGUUGUUCGUCCCGAGAUCAAGAGGCACAGUCCCUCUUCUCCUCGAGGCACAAAUAAUGUACUUCGUGUGUCACCUGGCUUUAAUGGCAGCUUUGAUGAAGUGAUAGAACCACUUAACAAAAAAAUAAAAACUGAUUCAGAACAUUCACAUUAUGAACUCCAGGAGUCGUAUUCGGACAACAAUCAUAUAGAUUCUAUGUCUUUAGUUUCUGUAGCCUCAGGACUCACUCAAUCAGAACACACUUUAACAUCCGUUGGUGCUUUAAAUGCAGAACUUCAUCCAGUCAAGCAUGCAUCAGCAGAGUCGGUGGUACUGUGAUGUUGUCUCCAGUUAGAUUAGAUAGGCUUUAGAUAUAUCAAAUUUUGACAUCAGAAAAGAAGAAAAAAUGUACUUUAUUAUUACAUCAGAGAUCCAGUUCUUUAGAGCUUGAAAUGACCGAUACAUUAAAAAUUCAAGAUUAUUUUUUUGGACAAUUCUGUUUUUUUACAAGCGACAACUGGUUGUGAAAUUUUUGAAAAAAUUGAGAAGUUUCAAAAACUUAAAAAGUUUUUAUGACAGGCUUGAUUUUUAUUGAUAUUUGGUCAAGCUUUAUAGAGGUGGGUCUUGGAAGUUUAAAAAAAAAAGAACAUGGAAAAAUCAUUCCAUUCAGGGAAAUUAUUUAUACAACCUAGGAGAGAGACCGAGACCAGCCUCGUCUUGGCAUCACUUACAAUGUGCAAUAUCGGAGAUGAUGAUCUUUUCAGAAAGCCUGACCGCCCAGCUUUUAUUCAGUGUCCAGUGUUCUAGGAUCAGGAAAUGGCCAGUGGGUCUGUCAGUUUUAAGACCGUCAGUGGUGCAUAGAUUUUAAUGUGACGUCGCGCCCAUCCCAGCAGUAUGUGUAUAAUUCUUGUCUUGACAAAUCUUAUGGAAUCUUAUGUGGCAUCAAAUUAAUGGUGAUUUUCUCUAAAAGCACAUUUGUGACAUUCACGGUAUUGUAUGCACAAAUAUUAAAGGUGAUUGAGAAUGUGUGUGAACCUUACUUUUAUUUGGUUUAAUUAUGAUAGAUUUUAAUUGUUAAAGGGGAGACGGUGUUCCUGCAAUAAAAUGAUUCCUGUAUAGAAGGAGUUAGGUUUCAGUUAUAAUUUUGCUGUAAACAUUGAUAAUUUAAGGAAGUAAAUAAAAACAUUUGUCAUAUAAAUGGUAAAGUGCAUAAAAAAUUAAAUUCAAGCUUAUAAAACCAUAUACCAGUAAUUGUAUGAUGGUAGCGUAGCUAUAAAAAGUGACAUUUGACACGACUUUGUCUAUAUAUACAAUAAAUGUAACACAAAGAGAAUAUACAAUGAUAACUGUAUUUAUUAUCAGUUUGGUUAUAUGAAAGAGUGAUUAAGUUGUUUAACUUUUUAGUGAGAUUGGUCCAAUCUGAGGAGUUUUAUGCAAAAGUGUUAAUUGUCGAAGAAAUUGUAAAUAGUUCUGGUUUGUUACUUGUCCGUAUAUAUCCUACAUUUCUCUACCAGUAUGGCCUACUUCCUACAGAGUAAUAUACCGAGUGUGUUAUUACAGCUGCUUGUUGAUGUGUCCAAAUAUUUUAUUUGUGUAAAUGUUUUUAUUAUGAAUUUCUCGCCAUGUUAUAUUUAUUGAAUUGUUACAGAAUUCUGACCAUCAGUCUCCAUAAAUAUUCAUCACCUAAUUAUAUGGUAAAAGUAAGGUGCACUUUUUUCAGGGAUCCAAUCCUUCAGAUUUUGUGUUUAUACUUGUCUUCUGUCACAUCAGCAAAAUUUCUAAUGUGGAUUUAUAUUCUUCCACCAUUCAUGAAUUUGUAAAUCUAUUGUAUUGUCUUAUAAACUGAAGACUAGUAAGUUUGAAUUGUUAAUUCAUGUCGACAGAAAAAUAGAACCCUGAUAGCUGAAAGCAUUAUCACAUUGCCAAAUAGGAUAAAUGAAGUUUUAAAAACCUGCAAAUGUUUAUCGAUGUAUUCAAUGGUCAAAAACUGGCUUUAUUUUUGGCAAAGUCAUUUUAUGUGCAAAACAAUUAAUGCUGUCCCACAUUCUUAAUAUAUGUAUAUGUCCCAAAUGUCUUAAUAUAUGUGUCGUAGUGUACUUAUCAUUUAAAUGAUAUGAUACGUUAAUUAUAUAGCAACCAUUAUUGAUAUCAAACUAUCCAUGCUAAGACAUUCUGUAAUUGUUACAAAAUUUAGCAUAAAAUAGUUUGAACAUAUGCAAGCUUUACAUUGACGAUGUAACUUUUUAAAUUCCCGAGUUUACAGCCCUCUGUACUUGUAGUGGGUAUAUGGUGAAAUUCAAAUAAUUCCUGGGUCCUGUAGGUAUGACCAUGUCAAAUACUGAUGUAAAUCUCCUGUCGUGGCAAGUAUGGUUUAGAUUCUUUUAGUUUUAAUCCAAGGUAGAAAAUAGAUUCCUUUAAUUGUAACUGAAAUUUAACACAUUAUUUCACAGAAUUGUCCUCCGAGCUUUGAGGUCUUCUAGACAUCAGAUAUAUGUUACCUGUAGGUAGAAGCAUAUCAAUUGCAAAUUGAAAAUGGCACUCUUUAACUUUAGAAGAAUCUUGUACAAUCUUCAACGAGUGACAGUCGUGUAAUUCUUUACCAUCAUGCAUGUCAUAAGUGAAUUUUAUGCUUUUUUCUAGUUAAAAGAAAGAAUUUUCCUUCGCCUACUAUACAUAUGAAAAUAAUAACCUUGUGUCGUGAUGUGAGUUUGGUAUACAUGAAGAGCCGAUCAGGGCAAUCGAGAGACAUGCUCACCUGGGCAGCAUUGUAUCUAGUGCUCCACUCCAGUCAUUUGUUUUUAUAUCUUUGUCAUAAUGUGUCUUCUCAGCCUACUUUUCAUCAUUUCAAUAGAGUAAAAAAGUUUUUCUCAACUUAAAUUGUUAAAUUACAACAUGGGAAAGUGGGAGGGAUUGCCUUUUUUUCUGGUAAAAUCUGUCCCAUAAAUCAUGUAAAUAAGAUAUAUAUCAUAGUGUCACAAAUGUAAAUACAACAUUAAUCGUUCUAGAAAUUGUGUUGUGAAGUUGAUACUGAAAGUAGCAUAUCCUUAAAAAAUGUAAAUUAAUGAUUAUAUACAAAUCUUUGAAAUAGUAUACAAGUCUUUCUUAGGUUUCUUGCAGUGCAAGCUGUAUUCUCUGCUGAGGACUCAUUAUUUACAAAAAAAAUCAAUGAUUGAAUUGUCUUAAUUGAUUUGUAUGUAUGAUUUCAAGCCAGUUUUAUCAAAAUUUACUUUCAAUAUUGGUAUAAAUUUGGGUUUGAUAUUACUUUAACGAUGAUGAAGAAGUAACAAAAGGAAUGAUUUCACCAAAUUUUGUAUUUUCUUCAUUAAUUUCAGUAUCUGGGAGGGUGAAUUCACACAUUCUCAGCAUCACAUACUGCUACAAAAUGUUUAUUUGUUGGGUUGAUGUCUCUAAAAUUUGCAAUAUUUAUUACAGGAAUAAUGUAAAAAUUAUGUUUAUUUUUGUACAAACAGACUGUACAUAACUGCUAAUUUUGCUGUACAAUUGUAACCCGGUAUAAUUAUUAUCCAUUUCAUCAUUGGUUAUCAUUAUAUAUCAAUGUAUAUAUUCUCCAUCACAAUCACCCUCAUAUCCAUAGUGUUGUAGAUAUUGUCAGAAGUAUACAUAACAUAUGGUUUGUACUAUUUAUUAUGUACAUAGACAUAGAUAGAUUCUAUGCCACACAGAAAAUAAAACAUUUUUACAGAAA